AUGUCUCGAAAGCAAUUUAAAAGCAAUCAUCCAAACGGGAAUAUCCCGGAAAAUUUAUGCCGCAAAACGAUAAAAGCGUCGUUAAACAUCUCCGGGAAACAAACAAAGUCGCGAAGAAAAAAAGAAAGCAUCGAACGUCGCAGAAUUCCAGCAAGAACGACGGGACAGGUACUCCUCGGAGAGGUCGAUAUAGCUCUUCAAGAAGAUGGCGAAAAUGAAAUAACGACGGAAGAACCGUAUCCAAAAAAAUGCAUCGUCGAUGGAAAUGCAUAUUCUCACAGCCAGACGAUACCGUCGUACGACCCGAACUCUCAUUGUCUGUGCGUCGCCGGCGAAGUAUAUUGUUGGUGGCAGAAUUACAAUCCGAGCACCGAUCCUUCCGCCGGCCCCUCGUUCCUCCCAUCGACGACGAUAGAAAGUAAUUACACGCCGUCGCUGGAGGGAAGCACGGAUGCCGUCGACAGUUUGGAAGCUUCCGGUGAUCCAGCAGAGGAGCCUUCUGUCGAGCAACAGGGAUACGCGGAGAUUAACGCGACCUACUCGACUACUUCGCAGCCCGUGCCGACUACGUGUCUCGUGAUGGGAAGGGAAUACCGCGAGGGCGAGGUACUUCCGCACUCGACCGGAAACUGCAUUGAAUGCAGCUGCGGAUCGGAGGGUCGCGUCGAGUGUUCGCCACGGGACUGCGUGGCUCUCAGACCCGAGAUACCAGUUGCACCGGAUGGUGAUUUCGAAGUGUUCAACCUUGCCAGAGACCGAGGAAUCGACGAGAGCUUCUAA